AUGCCGGCACGAAACCAGAAUCAAUUUGGACAAUUACUUCAACAAUAUUUGAAACUCUCUCCAGAGGUAUUCAGUGGCAGUCCUCCAGAUUCCGAGGAGGCGGAAGAAUGGUUGCAAAAUGCAGAACAUGUUUUGGAACAUGUAUCCAAUGAUAAAGGUACUUGGGUUAAUUUGAUUACUUUCAAAUUUCGAGGACCAUCACGGGAUUGGUGGAGUGCAGUAAUGAAAGUGGAAGGGAAAACAAUGACCUGGAAUAGGUUUAAAGCUUUGUUCAUAGACAUGUAUGUACCUGAUGCGGCAAGAGAUAUGAAAUUUUAUGAGUUAAUGUCCUUAACGAAGAGUGGUAUGUCCGUUAGUGAUUAUAAUGAUAAAUUCACAAGAUUGUCGCGUUAUGGAGCAGAGUUGAAAGCCACCGGUGAGGCUAAAACGAAGAAAUUUAUCAGGGGAUUGGAUCCCGAGAUGCGAACACAACUUUCAUGUUUACGAAUCAGGACUUACGAGGAUGCUUUAAAUCGGUCUCUUGACUAUGAAAAGGAAAUGGAAGAUCAACUUGCAACACGAAUUAGAAAAAGGACGCAACUAUUUUCAGCAAGACAUGAUCCAGCAAAACGACCAAUGUUAUCAGCUCCUAAUCAGCAAUAUUUCAGACCAUCAGUAAGACCAUGGUCAAUGGGGCCAGCAUCAGUACCACCUACAAUAUCACCUACAACACGUCCACCUGCAGUUAGACCUCAAGGGAGAUUGGUGCGUUUCCAGCAAGUACGUCCGGUUGCACCAACAAGUGCUGGUUCGAGUUCCUUCUGA